AUGAACACAGGAAAAAAGACCAAAACUGGCAAAAUCAAAUCGACGUCAAAGAAACCUCCACGGUGUGUGCCCUACAUAAGGGGAUUCAAAGCUCCAUCUGAGAAGGAAAGAACACUGGCAAUUGGGUUUGAUGUAAAGAACAUUCCUCCUGCAUACAACCACUCUGACACUGACUUCUUCACACACCUCUCACAACCCACAAGUGUUGAUGAUUGGCUGGCCCAGUAUAAAGAGGAUGGGCAGAGUUUCCGGGGCUUCCUUUGGCAGGUGCCUUGGUUGACACUGACAAAGAGCCCUUCGACCAAGGUUGGAAAGACGCUGAGUGAGAAGUACCCCAAGGGUAAGAUCUAUAUUGUUCCUGUUGGGAAGUUUGAUGAAGAAUCUUGCUUUGCUUUCGAAGAUCUCAUCGACUAUACUGGAAGAUUUCUUUGUGUUCCUGUGGCAACCUUACCUGGUUUGAACCUACAGCGGAAAGAAGACAAGAUUGUCCUUGAAGCGGUUGAUGGUGAGUGUGAGCUUGAGUCGAGGUACAGUGAAGAGUCAAAACAUCUGCAGUUAAGCAUCAGUUCGGUUCUCCCCAUACUGCAUGACAGAGUUCCUGAGGAUGCUAUAUGUGUCAUCGGACUUACUAUGUAUGAUCUUUAUGGAGAAGAUUCUGAUUUGUUCAUGGCUGGUUUGGCUUCUGCAAGUCAGAAGGUUGCUGUCUUCAGCAUCUUCCGAUAUGAUCCCAAACUGACGUUCUCCACUGAGUUUUGGUAUGACAUCAAAGAAACAGAGGAUGUUUCUGACAAGGACAGGAAGAGGAUGGUUCUCCAGAGAAGCUGCAAACUUGUAGUCCAUGAAAUUUGUCAUCUUCUGAGGAUCGACCAUUGUAUUUAUUUUGACUGUUGUAUGAACGGGUCGGGUCAUCUGGCUGAGGAUUUCCGCCAGCCCAUGCACCUGUGCCCAGUGGACCUCCACAAGCUGCAGGUUCUCACCGGGAUGGAUGUGACCAAUCGGUAUGAGAAGUUGCUGGAGUUCUACAAGAAACAUGGGAUGGAGAGUGAGGCGGAGUGGGUAAACAGGAGGAUCCUGUUUAUUCACGGAAAGGAACCGAAACAGGCGAAGAAAAGUGCUUGGAAAUAA